GGACGUUAUUGGUCAACAGACGGAAGGGCUUCUCUCGUGUACUUGAAUCGCAGAUGAUGCAACGUGGAUGAACUUGUAGGCAAAAAUUACCGAGAUAAAUAGCAAUGUAAUCCCCUUUUCAACCAAAGACCAAUCUUUCCUUAAGUUUUUCUUUGUUCUUGAGAAUUCCCAAGCGAAUUGAGCGAAAAAAAUUGUAGAAAUACGCAGUUUCUCGGUGGCACGUGUGAAAGUCUGCAUGGGCGACUAGUCACGUCUUCACUUGCCCUUCAAUACAACAAGCGGGAAUCAAUGGAACGAGAUGGACAGUAACCUGCUACAAGGGCUUUGUUGCACGGCCAACUCGCACUCACAAACUCAGACUUUGCAGUACUUCGAACAGCUUAAAGAAAGUCCAGAUGGCUGGAAAUUGUGCGGGAAUGCCCUUAUACAUGGGAUUAACAGUGAUGACAACACCAAGUUCUUUUGCUUUCAAGUCUUGGAGCACCAUGUCAGAACAAGGCAUGCCUCCGAGAGUCUUGUGAACCAGCAGUCACUCAGGGAAAUUCUCAUGACUUGGCUUCAAGCCCAGUGUUCAGGAAGGACAAGUGAUAAGAACUUCAUCAAAAACAAGGCGUCCCAGGUGUUUGCCUUGACAUUUGUUGUGGAUUACCCUAAUCAGUGGCUAUCUUUCUUCAGUGAUCUACACCAGAUCCUGCAUACAGGAGCUGCAGCUGUUGACAUGUACUUGCGUAUUCUCAAGGCAAUAGACGAUGAAGUCGUAGACAGAGAAGUUGCCCGCACAUCACAGGAGAUGGCCAGAAAUACAAUGAUAAAAGAUUUCAUGAGAGAGCAGUGCGUCCCUGAGAUGACUAAAUGGUGGCUGAGCAUACUAGAGACUUAUGGUACAACAAAUUCCAUGUUGACGUGCUCCUGUCUGGAUGUUGUUGGUGCAUUUGUCUCCUGGAUCGACAUCAAUCUGGUUGCCAAUGACAAGUUUAUCAGCAUGCUGCUUAAUCUUCUUUCGGUUGAUGUGCUGCGGGAGAGUGUCUGUGAUUGUUUUCAUGAGAUCAUCAGCAAAGGAAUGGACCCUGUAGCUAAGACGGAGCUGGUUGAGUCGCUCAUCGGUGUCCUAGAGAGUGCUGCCAUCCUACCGCCCACAGAGGAGACAGACAUUGAUUUUCUAGCAAAACUGGCAAAACUUAUCAAUGGCAUAGGCUCACAGCUGAUUUCAAGUUACAACAAGUUGGUAAAAUCGGGCGAUGCUACUGUAGCAGCAAAUACAUUAAAGGCCAUAGAGAACAAAAUACAGCUAUUAUUCAGAUUCCUUGGUGAUGAUGAUGAUGACAUUUCUCACACUGUCAAUGGAUUUGCCCACUCUUAUUUUCAACUCCUCAAGCAGAUGUCUACUAUCAGUGACCAACAAAAACAGACUUUAGAGGGACUACUUUACGUUAUCAUAAAAAAGAUGACUUAUGAUGACUUGUAUAAUUUUGAUCAGGAGGGCGAGGAUGAAGUGAUGUUUAUGGAAUACAGAAAAGAGAUGAAAGUACUGUUUGAUAAUAUCUCACAACUUGAUGCUAAUUUGGUAUUGAUGACAGUUCACAAUGUGUUGUCUGCGUCACUAGGGAGGUUGGAAGAAGCAGAGUUCAUGGAGGUUGAGAUGGCCAUUAGACUGGUGUUUAUGCUUGGAGAGGCUCUUCCUGGCCAGCAGCUCUACACAGACUCAAGGUUUCCCCUCCUGCAGCAGAUGAUGGGCCUUAUCGUCUCAAGUCGCUUGUCAUACUACAGCCACUCUGCUGUUUCCCUCAUGUUCUUUGAGACGGUUGUGCGCUACGACAGAUUUUUCACAAGCCAACCUCAACACAUUCCCACUGUUUUGAUAGCAUUUCUUGACGAGAGAGGUCUUCGUAAUCCCAACAGUACUGUUCGUAGUCGGUGUUGUUACCUACUUUCACGAUUUAUCAAGUCCCAUAGAAAUCACAUGCAGAACUAUGUGGAUGAUGUCCUUAAGCGAUUUCAAGGUUUACUAGUUGUAUCUUCUGAUAAUGGCUAUCACCAUCUGCUUUCCGCCGAUGAACAGCUAUUUCUCUAUGAGAGUGCUGGAAUGCUUGUUGCUUCAAGUAAUGCAUCUCAAGAGAAGCAGCUGAUGUACAUGAAUGGUCUGCUUUCUCCUGUUAUCAUAAAAUUUGGCUCAAUCUUAUCCAAGCUCAUGUCUGGUGACUUGGAUGCACAGGCUUCCUUGUCCCACGCCCAGCUUCUCUACAGCCUUGUCUCCUUUGCCAGCCGUGCAAGCAAGGCUUUUCCAAAUCAGCAGACUCUUAAACAAAGUGGUUGUGCUCCUUGCUUUAAAGAGGCGUUGCCACUGUUUCUCCAGGCCCUUACCUGCCCUCUUCACAGAGAAAUAAUCCACAAUGGCAUCAGGCAGUAUCUGCACCGCAUGGUGAUCUGUCUUGGAGACGAUGUGCUGCCAUUUAUCCCAAUUGCUGUGACGCAUUUGUUAGAAAAGUGUUCAGCAAGAGAUAUCCAAGAUUUCAUUCCAUUAAUCAACCAGAUCAUAGCCAAAUUUAAGAUCCUGAUUGUACCAUUUCUAAGAGAUGUCUUUAUGGCGAUAGUCAACACUAUAUUUACAGUCCUUAACAAACCAGCUGAGGAAGCAGAUACACAGGCUGCCAAGGAAAAAGAGACAUUGCGUAGGAGUUAUUUCUUAUUUAUUGCUGCAAUAGUUAACAAUGAAGUCUCAGAGGUUCUUACAAGUCAAGAACCCCAUAAUGUCCAGCAAGUGCUGUUGACACUGAUACAAGGAGCUGUAGAGUACCCCGACCCAGUGGCUCAAAAGAUUUGCUUCAAUGUCCUACGCAAACUUGUGGAGUUGUGGGGUGGUUCAAGUGGAGAGAAUGGAUUUAAAGAUUUUUUGUAUGACAAUAUAGUGCCUGCCUGUUUCCUGGCUCCCAUGAAGUCAACAUUUGACAUGAAUGAUGCUCAAACAUUCCUGGCAAUGCAAGAGAUUGCACAGACGCAGAAGAUGAUUUUACAAAAACAGGGAAUUGAAUUUCUGGACUACCUGCAAAGUAAAUACCUUCCAAGCCUAAACUUAUCUCCUCCAAUGGUUCAGGAAUACACCCAAGCUCUACAGCACGCAGAUAUCAAAACUUUUAAAAAUUACACUAAGGUCUUUUUCACCCAAUUGCAGACAUGACAGUUACUAAAAAUCCAUGAAAUGUGCAGAGUAAUUUUUUGUGCCGCCAAGCAAAAAGGGACCCUAAAUAUUUUAUAGUCUGGCUGUUAGUAGUCAACCACUAGUACCAUGUUGUAAAUAGUUUAUGAUAAAGUGACACUUCCUGUUGUAGAAUAUUCCCCUUUUUGCUUGGCCUUGCUCAAUGAAAAACAAUUUUAGAGGAAAAUAACUUAGUGAAAUAAAUCUUAAAAAGUAUAUAAUUUAUUGAUAUUACUUACUCUUGGAGUAACAUACUUAAUAAUGGCAGUGAUGAAAGGCAGUGAGAGGUCCGUUGUGAGACCUGUAUAAUUAUGAUAGAGCUUUUUGUAUAGAGAAUUUUGUUAUAUUUUUAUUUUUCCUUGUAUAGUCUGUGUACCUUGUAUUUUCUAGUUGAUAUCAAAAUGAGUAACUGACUUACCAUACUCGUUUUACUUAAAUGAUUUUUCACAUAAAAUUUUUUUAUGAACUUUUAUUGAAGGCAAUAUGUUUGAUUGCUUUUAACAGGCUCUCUACUGUAUGUGUUGAUCUGUUUCAAAGACUGUGUAAGUACCCAGUGUUGGACUGACUAAAGUCACCUGGCUAACUUUCCUGUAGUUCUGUACAAUCUAAUGUGUCAGCACCUCUGUAAAGGGUCUAUUCACUUAAUUUCAAUAAAAGAAACUCACUUUAA